AUGACUUCCAUAAUUAUCCCAAAGAAAUCUAUGAAUGAUUUAAUGGACGAGGAGCUUUAUAAAAUCCCCAGCAAUGAUACAUUAUUUAACUUCAGUAGCCCUUUAUAUCAACCACCAGAGGAUAAGAAGGAGAAAAGCAACAAAGAAAAAGGCCUCAAAGAAAGGUAUUUCUUCAAUGACCAGAAGAUUUUCAAUGAUUAUGGUAAUCCCAACCAAUCUUUCAUACAACCUAAUAAGUUAAUCUUGAACCACAAUAUAAAUGAAAUUACCAACCGUUUCAAGAAUCGGAAACAAGGAAAAUUGAUCAAUGGACCACCCCCUAAAAGAAGUUUGAAAACUUUGACGCCAAUCGGUAAAUUCGAUGAUUAUUUGUUUAACCCAAACAUCGAACCAUCAUCCUCAAUCAACUUCAACUUUGGAAACGAGUCUUAUGAUGAUUCUAUAUUCAUUCAACCUAAUAACUCAACAGAGAUUCUCAAUGAUAUUAACAAUUAUCUUGACGAUGACUUGAGUGAUUUCGAUGAAGAAGAAGAGGACACUAAUGAUGUUUUCGAUGAUAUAGAAGAGGAUGACUAUAUGGAUAUGAAUGAUGACAAAUUAAACCACGAUGACAAAAUGAAUUUAAACGAAUUAGCACUUAGUAAUGACAUAAACUUGGAUUUAGGAAUGAAUGAUGAGAUAAAUAAUUUAGAAGUUGUAAAUGACGGACUCAAUAUUGAAAUGGAUAAUGACAAGUAUUUCAACGAUUUAGACUUAAACUUCGGAUACGAUAAUAAUAACGAAGACAAAAAUUACUUGAAUGUUAAUAUGAAUGAUAUUAAUUACCAAGAAAUUAGUGACGUUGAAAUGGAUGACAUGGAUAUGGAUGACUCUUUCUUGGACCAGUCAGCUUCUGCGUCAGAUAGCUCGGUAGAGACUCCUUUCGAUACAGAGUAUUCAGGGGAGGUAUCCGGACAGGAAUCACUCAAUAGAGCCACUCAAGUCAAGAUGGAACAUAUACCCGAAAGUGAAGAUUCAGACAGAAAAAAAGACGAACACGUAUGUCAUUUGAUAAAUCCACAUACUGAUAAACCCUGUGACAAGAACUUCUCCCGUCCUUACGAUCUAAUCAGACAUCAGGAAACUAUCCACGCAUCAUUGAAGAAAAUUUUCAGAUGUGUCAUAUGUGAAGGCAGAUUAAAUGGGGGAAGUGGAAACGGCAAAUCCAAAACCUUUUCUAGAGGAGAUGCUUUGUCGAGACAUAUAAAAGUCAAGCAUCAGUUAGUUGGUCAAGAAGCAGUCGAUUUGAUCAACAAUGCCAAGGAUAACGUCGAGUACGUUUCUGUAAAUAGUUAA